CACUGCCCGCGACGCCUGGACGCAGCUCGCUGUGCGCCACAGCGACCGCCCCGAGCCCAGAGCAGUGCAGCAGCUGCAGGCGACAAAGGCCCGCACGUUGCGUCGUCGAACCACACACUGCAACAAACAGCAAUACCUGCACGGCUACCACAGCGCUGCACCAAGCUCCCCCGUCCGCUGAGCGCCCGCGGGCCAGGCAGCCAUGAACUACGUGCGCUCCCUCACCAGCGGCGUGUCCAAGGGCUGGAACUCAAUCAACCCCGCCACCCUGAGCGGCGCCAUCGAUGUCAUAGUCGUCGAGCAGGAAGACGGCAGUCUGGCCUGCUCGCCCUUCCACGUCCGCUUCGGAAAAUACCAGAUACUGCGGCCCUCGGACAAGAAGGUCGUCUUCAAGGUCAAUGGCGAGCAGCAGGAUUAUGCCAUGAAGCUCGGUGAGGGCGGCGAGGCCUUUUUCGUCUUUGAAACCACGGCAUCCAUCCCCGAAGACAUGCAGACCUCGCCGCUCGCCUCUCCCGCCGCGAGUCCGGAGCAAAAGCCCACCCAGGAACCCAUCGACCCUGCGCUCUCCGAACCCGAUCCGCUCGAGCUCGACGGCAUCAGCGGAGCGAGACGCUCGACACUGCAAGGCCGCGUCCCACGUCCGGAUCUGCUCGGCGAACGGCCCAAGUCAGGCGACUGGUCUGGUCUGCAGACGUUCCGCUCCAAUAGCGACGAGAUCCUGCCCUCCACAAAGACGCAGUUUGCGAAGACAUUCGAAGAAAAGGAACACGCACCGAUUAAGCUGAGCAGAGACGAGGCUACCGCAUGGAACGUCCACAAACGAUCAACAAGUCCGCCACCCGUGUCACCCACUGAAGCUAUGGCCCGCGCCAUCAACCUUUCCAAGAAACUCUUUACUUCCAACAUACCAAACAAGGUCACAGAGAGCGGAGACCUGAUGUUGGAUAUGACGGGUUACAAAAGCAGCGAGCAGGAGGCUUUGCGCGCCGAGGUGGUUGCUCGGAGAAUACUCUCGGAUGAGCUUGAGGGGAACUACGAUAUUGGCGCUUUGAUCGGCGCUGAUGAGCAUGGGAACCUCUGGAUAUACAGCAGCGAAGAAUCCAAGGCCGCCGCUAUGCAGAGAUCAGGUAUCGCAGCUUUGAGCGAGGAAGCGCUGCAGUCAACGGAUGCCGUCUCGGACCCUGGCUAUCAUAGCGACGACGCCCAGAGCGACGCAUCCGGUGAAUUUCCACCACAUAUGCGCAGAGACUCCGAUAGCGCUAUUGGCCUAACAUCCCCACCGAAAUCACCCGAGGGUCAUAGGGAAGUCCGUAGCUAUGCAAAGACUCUCCGCCUCACGAGCGACCAACUGAAGUCUCUGAACCUGAAACCAGGAGCCAACACUUGCAGCUUCAGUGUCAACAAAUCAACGUGCAAGGCAUCCAUGUUCUACUGGAAACACGACGUCCCUAUCGUCAUCUCAGACAUUGAUGGUACAAUCACCAAGUCGGACGCUCUGGGCCACGUCCUGAACAUGAUCGGUCGAGACUGGACCCACGAAGGAGUGGCCAAGUUAUACACUGACAUCAUCAACAACGGAUACAACAUCUUCUACCUGACAAGUCGCUCUGUUGGCAUGGCAGACACGACAAGAGCAUACAUGAAUGGCGUAGUACAAGAAGGCUACCGGUUGCCCAAAGGGCCCGUAAUCAUGAGCCCAGAUCGAACGAUAGCAGCGUUACGCCGAGAAGUCUACCUGCGGAAGCCAGAGGUAUUCAAGAUGUCCUGUCUCCGGGACAUCAUGAACCUCUUCGGCAAGCCCCCCGGCCAGACGCCCUUCUAUGCCGGCUUCGGCAACCGCUUCACCGACGCCCUUUCCUACCGCUCCGUCAACAUCCCCUCCACCCGCAUCUUCACCAUCAACUCCAACGCCGAAGUCUCCCUCGACGUCCUCUCCCUCAACUCCUACCGCACCGGCUACGCGUCCAUGCGCGAGAUCGUAGACCACUUCUUCCCCCCUGUUGGACUCCUCGUCCCUCCCGGCGGUGAGCAGUUCACAGACUUCAACUACUGGCGCGAACGUCCGCUCGACCUCGAUAACUUCACGGACAGCGAGGACGAAGAUGAGGACGACGGUACAGAGGCUCCUAGCGUGCCCAGUGAAGACGAGGGGAGCGAGGUCGGCGAGGAUCUAGAAGCGAGCUAUCUCACGCAGGCGAGCAUUGAUGACGCGGAGGGUAUGGAGGACUCCAUUCUGGAGAGUGUGGAGGGUGACGGGUACGGUGAUGCGGAGGAAGACGAGGGCGGCGCGAUUGACGAAGGCGAGGAAGACGACGAGGAAGACGACGAGGAAGACGACGAGGAAGACGACGAGGAAGACGACGAGGAAGACGAGGAUUCAGAGGAGGACGAGUCAGAUGGUGACGAAGGAGCAGUACUACAGCGGACACCGACCAAGGAACCACAAGGGCUAGGCGAGGGGGUGCGGGACAUGAGGCUGACGGAGCAGACACCAACACCCCAACCAAGCCCCGCUAGACGACGAAAUCCCUAGCGCAGCGAAAGGACUGUUAAAAGCAUAACCUGCAUAGACGGCGUUCACGUGUGACAUAGACUAUUCUUGUUGUUUCGAGUAGAAGUCAGGCAGUAGUGCAUUGGCAUGGCGUAGCAUAGCAUAUGUCGGCGUUCACUAUAGGUCUGAAAAUCCACGUUCACACUUCAAUACGUAUUGCAAGCUCGCCUGUUACCGCCAUCAGAGAGAGAAGACCCAGGCUCCCAUUCUCUAGUCUCCCUACAGCAGUCUACCACACUACACA